UUCAUCUCUCCCCCAGCUUUCUCCAUCUCUUUCUUUUCCCUCCUCUAAACCCGCAAUUUCUCCUGGGUUGUUGUAUUCUCUCUUCUUUUAAUUCUUUUAAUCUCAUUGUUCCUAGCCAUGCAGCGCGCUCUCUCUACCCGGACAUCCGUCCUCUCGGCCGCUUCCAAGCGUGCCCCUUUCUGUCGCUCGACUUUGAACCUCCAGCAGCAGCGUUUUGCUCACAAGGAGAUCAAGUUUGGCGUUGAAGCUCGUGCCAGCCUCCUCAAGGGUGUUGACACUCUUGCUAAGGCUGUCACUUCCACACUCGGUCCUAAGGGUCGCAAUGUCCUGAUCGACUCCCCCUACGGCUCCCCCAAGAUCACCAAGGACGGUGUAACUGUCGCCAAGGCCAUUCAGCUUCAGGACAAGUUCGAGAACCUCGGUGCCCGCCUCAUCCAGGAUGUUGCCUCCAAGACCAACGAGGUUGCUGGUGACGGUACCACUACCGCCACUGUCCUCUCCCGCGCCAUCUUCUCCGAGACCGUCAAGAACGUUGCCGCUGGCUGCAACCCUAUGGAUCUGCGCCGCGGUAUCCAGGCCGCCGUUGAGGCCGCUGUAGAAUACCUGCAGGCUAACGCCCGCCCUAUCACCACUGGUGAGGAGAUCGCCCAGGUGGCUACCAUCUCCGCCAACGGUGACACCCACGUCGGCAAGCUCAUCUCCACCGCCAUGGAGCGUGUUGGCAAGGAGGGUGUUAUCACCGUGAAGGAGGGUAAGACCCUUGAGGAUGAGCUCGAGGUUACCGAGGGUAUGCGCUUCGACCGUGGCUACACCUCCCCCUACUUCAUCACCGACCCCAAGUCCCAGAAGGUUGAGUUCGAGAAGCCCCUGAUCCUCCUCUCCGAGAAGAAGAUCUCCGCCGUCCAGGACAUUCUCCCCGCCCUUGAGGCCUCCACCACUCUCCGCCGCCCUCUGGUCAUCAUUGCCGAGGACAUUGAGGGUGAGGCUCUCGCCGUCUGCAUUCUGAACAAGCUCCGUGGUCAGCUCCAGGUCGCCGCCGUCAAGGCCCCCGGCUUCGGUGACAACCGCAAGAGCAUCCUCGGUGAUCUCGCUGUUCUCACCAACGGCACUGUCUUCACCGAUGAGCUCGACAUCAAGCUCGAGAAGCUCACCCCCGAGAUGCUCGGCUCCACUGGUGCCAUCACCAUCACCAAGGAGGACACCAUCAUCCUCAACGGUGAGGGCAGCAAGGACAACAUCUCCCAGCGCUGCGAGCAGAUCCGCGGUGUCAUGGCCGACCCCACCACCUCUGAGUACGAGAAGGAGAAGCUGCAGGAGCGUCUUGCCAAGCUCUCCGGUGGUGUCGCCGUCAUCAAGGUCGGUGGUUCCUCCGAGGUUGAGGUUGGUGAGAAGAAGGACCGUGUUGUGGACGCCCUUAACGCCACCCGCGCUGCUGUUGAGGAGGGUAUCCUCCCCGGUGGUGGUACCGCUCUCCUCAAGGCCUCCGCCAACGGCCUUGGUGGCGUCAAGCCCGCCAACUUCGAUCAGCAGCUCGGUGUCAGCAUCAUCAAGAGCGCAAUCUGCCGCCCUGCCCGCACCAUUGUUGAAAACGCCGGACUCGAGGGCUCCGUCAUUGUCGGCAAGCUGACUGACGAGUACGCCAAGGACUUCAACCGCGGAUACGACAGUGCCACCAGCCAGUACGUCGACAUGAUUGCUGCCGGUAUCGUCGAUCCCCUGAAGGUUGUCCGCACCGCUCUGGUUGACGCCAGCGGUGUUGCCUCCCUCCUCGGUACUACCGAGGUCGCCAUUGUCGAUGCUCCCGAGGAGAAGGGCCCUGCCCCUCCCGGUGGUGGCAUGGGUGGUAUGGGCGGUAUGGGUGGCAUGGGCGGCGGCAUGUUCUAAAGCCCCUAACCUUCCCCUAAAGAAUUACCUCGAGCGCUCUUGUUUGCAUGGUAGCCUGUUCUGAUACUCGGAUAUUUGUGUAAUGUCUUUUCUUUGUGUCCCUCUAUUUGGUGUUUAUCUUUUUUUCAUGUUUCUUUCCAUACCUGUAUUCUUUUGGACUGGUUCUGAUCUUCAACUCUCUCUCUCCCCUCUCUCUUCCUGGGACUUGACAAAAAAAAGUUCCAUUGUACUAUAUCAUGUAUUCCAAUAAAGUCCCAUCUAAUACAGCCUGAA